UCAUGAUGGUCAGUUGCUUCUCUCUCUUUCCCUUUGUUUUGCUAGCAAGAACCGACUUGCAAAAAUGGAGAUCCAAAUGAGCAGAUAUGUCAGCCCAGUCAACCCAGCUGUCUUUCCACAUCUCACAUUGGUACUGAUGUCCAUAGGAUUGUUUUUCACUGCUUGGUUCUUUGUAUAUGAGGUUACGUCCAGUAAAUUCACACGAGAUAUUUAUAAGGAGUUGCUGGUAGCUUUAGUGGCAUCACUGUUCUUAGGAUUUGGCAUUCUGUUCCUUCUCUUGUGGGUUGGAAUUUAUGUGUAACCAAUCUUAUAGAAACAAUUUUAAAAACAAUGUGGCGUUGCUAUGCAGAUAGGAAGAUGGACAAUUGUCAACCUCUAAUGUGUGGUAAACUCUGUAAAAAGGAUUGAAAUGUGUAGAAAUAAAGUGCUAAAUUUAA